AUGCCAGAAUCAGGGAUUAAGUUCCAAUGUUUUCUUGCUUUUCUAGAGAAGAGUUCUAAAUUGGGAAGCAAUGCAGGAAAUAAGCCACUUAAAAAUCAACAUGGAUUAACUCUUCAGUUACAUCUGGCUGAAUGGCAGCCACUUCAAGCUGUAAGGAAUAUUUAUGGAUGUAAGCAUGUUGAAAAAUCUAUCAGUGACAAUUCUUCAGUUUUACCAGUUCAAAUAAGUGUUUCCAAUGUCAAAACCCAUAUUUUUAAUAACUACAAAAAUGAUUUCGUUUUUUCUACAAUACUCCCACAAGAACAGAAAAUACACAUUAGGGGAAAACCUUAUGGAUGUAAAGAGCAUGGCAAAGUCUUCAGAGCGUCUUCAAGCCUUAUUAACCAUCAAGUAAUCCAUAUUGCAGAUGUACCUUACAAACAAAGUGACUGUGGCGAGAUCUUUAGUAGCAAUUCAAACCUUGCACAACAUCAAGGAAUCCAUAGUGGAGAGAAGCCUUACAAAUGUAAUGAAUGUGGCAAGGUCUUCAAUCAGAAUUCAUACCUUGCACAACAUCAGAAAAUUCAUACUGGAGAGAAACCUUACAAUUGCAAUGAAUGUGACAAAGUCUUUAGUCACCAUGCCUACCUUGCACAACAUAGGAAAAUUAAUACUGGAGAGAAGCCUUACAAAUGUAGUGAAUGUGGCAGAGCAUUUAAUGUGUGUUCCAGUCUUACUGCUCCUCUUGUAAUCCAUACUGGAGAGAAACCUUAUGAUUGUAAGGAACGUGGCAAGGUCUUCAGUCACAAGUCUUCCCUAACCAUUCAUCGGACAAUUCAUACUACACAGAGACCAUACAAAUGUAAGGAAUGUGGCAAGGGCUUUAGUCGAAUUGCAUUCCUUGUGAGGCAUCGGAAAGUUCAUACUGGAGAGAAACCUUACAAAUGUAAUGAGUGUGGCAAGGUCUUUAUUGGCAAUUCACGCCUUGCACGACAUAGGAAAAUUCAUACUGGGGAGAAGCCUUGCAAAUGUAAUAAAUGUGGCAAAGCAUUUAGACAGUAUUCAGAUCUCACUGCCCAUUUUCUAAUCCAUACUGGAGAGAAACCUUAUGAAUGUAUAGAGUGUGGCAAGGUCUUCGGGCACAAGUCUUCCCUAACCUAUCACUGUAGAAUUCAUACUGGAGAGAAGCCUUGCAAAUGUAACGAAUGUGGCAAGGUCUUCCGUCAGAAUUCACACCUUGCACGACAUAGGAAAAUUCAUACUGGAGAGAAGCUUUACAAAUGUAAUGAAUGUGGCAAGGUCUUCAGUCAGAAUUCACACCUUACACAACAUAGGAAUAUUCAUACUGGAGAGAAGCCUUACAGUUGUAAUGAAUGUGGCAAGGUCUUCAGUAGGAAUUCACACCUUUCACGACAUAGGAAAAUUCAUACUGGAGAGAAGCUUUGUAAAUGAAAUGAAUGUGGCAAGGUCUUCAGUCAGAAUUCACCCCUUGCACAACAUAGGAAUAUUCAUACUGGAGAGAAACACAGUUGUAAUGAGUGUUGCAAGGUCUUUAGUAAAAACUCACACCUGGCACAACAUUGGAAAAUUCAUACUGCAGAGAUAACUUUUAAAUGUAAUGAAUGUGACAAGGUCAAAGUCACAAUUCACUCCUUAAUUCAUACUGCAGAGAAGCCUUACAAAUUCAGUGAAUGUGGCAAAGCAUUUAGAUAA